AUGUGGAUGUCUCCGCAAAAACCAGGCAAACGGAGGCCCUUGCUAAGUGAUAACACUGGGAUGAGUUUCUUGAGUCGUGUAUGGCCCGUGGAUACGUGGAGGCGAAGUAGUGUGAGAGGUUUUUUUGGAUCCAAGGCCGGCGCGCUCCACCCAACACACAAGGACCUUGCCUGGUGGUGA